AUGAAUGACAGGAGGCAGCUCAAAGAAGAGCUCGGUAUCAGGACAGUAAUCGACCUUCGAUCCAAGGCCGAGCAUCUCAGCCAGGCACAGAAGCGACAAGCGGACCUGAAGAUCCCGGCGCACCUCCAAUCCAACGCCGCGCUCGCGGAACCAAUGCAGAUUCCAGGACUGAUAUACCGCGAAGUGCGAGUCACGGGGAGACGGCUCGAACGAGCAUUGCUGCGCUUGCUAUCGUGGUGGGAUUUCAUAAAAUUGAUAAUCUUCUAUAUCUUCGGUUUCCGCGUGCAAGCAAUCCGUAUCAUGGGAGAAAAAGUGAUGCAACCGCUUGGUCUCGUAGGACGUAAGUCUGAUAUUCGCAUAUUCAAUCUCUUCUUUUCCCGCCGUGGCGAUUAUUUUCAAAUGCAUCGAGACUCAUCCACCCUUUAAGAGAAUGCACCAGUCGGAUCGUAUAAAUCACAAACAAGAUCCCCAGGGAAAUAUCAAACUGACUUUGUGCUAUAGUUAGUCUCGUAACACUAGACGAGUCCGGACCGGAGAUAGUCGAGGUGAGUUUGG